UUCCGCUUCUGUGUCAGCGCUCGCCUCCCGUGCAUAUCAGCCCUUCAUCUUUGCUUUGGACUUGGAUCAACGCUCACGGGAAUCUCCGAGGUGACGACUCCACUCCAAAGCAGACCUGAUAUCCUCCUUCUCUGAUUUGUCCAAACUCAACAAGAAGAUUGAGGAUUGGGAUAUUGUGCAGUAUCUGAUCUUGGUUUGUUGCUGGGGGUGUGGCUUCUUGAAGGCCCAAACUUGGAGGUCUUGGUCCAGAGGAACUGAGAGUCUCACCUCAAAUUGAAGAAUCAUGUGCUAAAGUCCAGCUCUGCCCAACUCCACACCAACUCCACAAAAUGAAUAAUGAGGACGAGUUCUACGACGCCAUCACAGGCCUGGAUUCGGACGAGUCGUGCGAGGGCGUGUCUGAGGCCAGUUUUAAAGAUGCGGUGGUGUCCCAGAAAAACAAUGGGGCGGUACCACAGGAGAACGGCAUCAGGAAACACAGGACGUCGUUACCUGCGCCAAUGUACGCCAGGAACACUAUCAGUGUGUGGAGUAUCCUCAAGAAAUGUAUUGGCUUGGAAUUAUCCAAGAUCACAAUGCCCAUAGCGUUCAAUGAGCCGCUGAGCUUUCUCCAGAGAAUCACAGAGUACAUGGAACACACUUACCUCAUAAACAGAGCCUCCUCGCUGCCUGACUCUAUAGAGCGCAUGCAGGCUGUAGCUGCCUUUGCUGUGUCGGCCGUGGCGUCGCAGUGGGACAGGACUGGAAAACCGUUCAACCCCCUUCUGGGCGAGACGUAUGAACUUGUCAGAGAGGAGCAGGGUUACCGGUUGAUCUCUGAGCAGGUCUCACACCACCCUCCCAUCAGUGCCUUCCACGCAGAGAGCCUCACCGGGGACUUCGUCUUCCAUGGAUCCAUCUACCCCAAACUCAAGUUCUGGGGCAAGAGCGUGGAGGCCGAGCCCAAAGGCACCAUCACUCUAGAGCUGCUCAGGCAUAAUGAGGCGUACACUUGGAGUAACCCGUACUGCUGUGUUCACAACAUCAUCCUGGGCAAACUGUGGAUAGAACAGUAUGGGACAGUAGAGAUUGUCAAUCACAGCACUGGAGACAAGUGUGUACUAAACUUUAAACCUUGCGGGAUGUUUGGAAAAGAGCUGCACAAAGUAGAAGGAUACAUCCUGGACAAGAGUAAAAAGAAGCACUGCGUCAUCUAUGGGAAGUGGACCGAAUGCAUGUGGAGUGUGGACGCUCAGACAUACGACGCUCACAAGAAAUCUGAGAAGAAGGGAGACAACAAGAAGAGCAAAAAUGACGAGCCGGAGGGGGCAGAUGAUGAUGCAGAUGACAUGCCCGAGGUGCAGGAGACUGUGGCUGUGGUCCCAGGAAGCACUCUGCUCUGGAGGAUAGACUCCAGACCCCCACACUCUGCUACAAUGUACAACUUCACCAACUUUGCAAUGGCUUUGAAUGAGCUGGAGCCAGGGAUGGAGGCCAUUUUAGCUCCAACUGACUGUCGCUUCAGACCAGACAUCAGAGCCAUGGAGAACGGCAACAUGGAUGAAGCCAGCAGAGAGAAGGAGCGUUUGGAGGAGAAACAGAGGGGCGCUCGAAAAGAGAGGAACAAGAAUGAAGAGGACUGGUCCACCAGGUGGUUCCAGAUGGGCACAAACCCGUACACAAACAACCAGGACUGGAUCUACUCUGGAGGGUACUUCAGCAGGAACUACCAGGAUCUCCCUGACAUUUACUGAGAUUUUACCCCUAACCCCCUCUUACUAAUGUCUGCUCUGGGACAGACGUGUUCUAAAAUUAAUGAAUGAUAAUAAUUCAAGCAUUCUUCAUCAAAACUACAUCUCUGAACUUCUACAGCACAAUUCUCAUUUUAACCAGCGGCAAUGAAAGACAAAGGGUUAAAAGUCCAGUCAAGAUACUCCGUCAUAUGGUCAACACUGGGAAUCAACUGAAUGGAUUUGCUGAAAAAGAACCAAUCAGGUAUUACAUUAUAACGACUUGACUUAAACUGAUAUUUAACUUAACAGAGCUACUAUGACAGCAGAAAUAUUACCGUAGAUAAAACAAAUAUAAACUGUGACCUGAACAACACAAUUUAUUUGCUAUAAAUUAUGUCCAGUUCUUAUGCCGUUCCUAAUCGGGACCAAUCUAGGUUGAAUAUUCUUCUGAUAGAUACCUACCACCCAAAACAGUUGAAGACUGAAGAUCCCCCAGGGGAGAUGAAACUAAUCCAACACUAAACAAGGACUAAGCCACGACUGAGCUAGGACUAAAUCAGGUCUCAAGUACCUCUGAUAAAUGUUGAUCACUACAGGCCAAGAACACAAAGACACAAGAGCUAAUCCAGGUCUAAUCCAAGUCUCAAGUGCACCUGAGAAAUACAGACCAAGAACACCCCACAAGAGCUGUAAACCAGGACUAAACAAAGUAAGACUAAAGUAAGACUAAAGUAAGACUAAAGUAAGACUAAAGUAAGACUAAAGUAAGACUAAAAUAAGACUAAAAUAAGACUAAAAUAAGACUAAAAUAAGACUAAAAUAAGACUAAAAUAAGACUAAAAUAAGACUAAAAUAAGACUAAAAUAAGACUAAAGUAAGACUAAAGUAAGACUAAAGUAAGACUAAAGUAAGACUAAAGUAAGACUAAAGUAAGACUAAAGUAAGACUAAAAUAAGACUAAAAUAAGACUAAAAUAAGACUAAAAUAAGACUAAAAUAAGACUAAAAUAAGACUAAAAUAAGACUAAAAUAAGACUAAAAUAAGACUAAAAUAAGACUAAAAUAAGACUAAAAUAAGACUAAAAUAAGACUAAAGUAGGACUAAAGUAGGACUAAAGUAGGACUAAAGUAGGACUAAAGUAAGAAUAAACCAGGACUAAGGUUGGACUAAACCAGGACUAAGGUUGGACUAAACCAGGACUAAGGUUGGACUAAACCAGGACUAAGGUUGGACUAAACCAGGACUAAGGUUGGACUAAACCAGGACUAAACCAGGACUAAACCAGGACUAAACCAGGACUAACCUAGAACUAUACGAGGUCUGAAAUACCCAACAAGAUCUGAACAAAACUAUUUCUAAACCUAGUCGUCUAGCUACCACAAGUGUUCAAAUCCACUCAUAGGGACUACCUGUUGUACUUUAUCAAUGAAUGGUGGCAGUAGAAUGUUUUACCUGAUUGGUGUCAGAUUUCUAGCCCACCCUUCACUACACUGCUUUGCUGAAAUUAAGUGAAGAAAGAAGAUGGUAAAAUGGACAUUGAUAACUUACCAGCAACACUACAGUCUGUAACAAAGAUGUCCUCUACUUCAAAGUCUAUAGUCCAACUCUAAAACAUAGUACAGUGCAUCAAGGACUGCAAGUGUGUAGAUGACUAAAGUGAAUUUUAAAAAGCGAAAUGCUUAAUAUAAUGAUUUUUCUUUGGUUAAAAUUGGAAAAAUUGUCCAUAAACUUAAAAUAAUCCCAUGAAUGUCUCUGUGAAUACAUUUGUUCAUGUGUAAACUUGUACAGACACCUGAAGCCAUAUUAACUAUAGGAGCGAGUGGAGAAUGACGACACAUGUAGGCCUGUCACGAUAACACAUUUUGAAGUGCGACUAAAUGUAGACGAUAAACUAAAUGUACAAAAUUGUUAAAAAAUAUGAACUCCAACAAAUAAAUUUAAAAAAGAAAAUGCAACACUAAAAUAAUUAGUGUCUAUAAUGAGUCAUAGAAGUUCAUAAUUCCACCAUCUACUGCUGAAAUCUCCUAUAGUACAGAAAACGUACCAGAUAUUUUCCACUAGUACAAAGAAAAGGUACCACAAUAAAUACUGACCCCCAAAAAUGAUGAUGUCGAUAUAGUAUUUAUCGUGACAGACCUAUACACAUGGGCAGUAAAUAGAGGUGGACAAGUAUAUAAUAGCAGUAGAUUGUUACUUCGAUUAAAAAAAUACAAAUUAUACAUCUCAAAUUAUGUUUUUUGAUUAGUUAAAAGUAUUGUACCUGAUUUGUACUCUUUAAAAAACUGUGAAAACCAGAACUAGUUCAUUUUAAACAGUUUGCAGUGAUCUAACAUUAUUCCUCUUUUACUUUAUGCAUUUUGAACAUCCCACUUAUUCACUGCAACUUUCAGAGACCAGAUCGGGUUUUUGAUGCCACGGUGUAACUAACAACUAGCAUGCUAACCGCACACUUUGGAAAUAGGGUCUUUUUCAGAUGAUUUGAAUUCAGAAUAUUAUGAUUUGACUUCCAGGGCUAAUUUACAAGGAGUGUCUUUGACCCUUCUACGUUCUAGUGCUUAAAUAUCCCCCAAUUAUUCAUCUGUGAGUUAAUUAAUUAGUUUAUUAUUGCUUUGUUGAAGUUUACAAGUUCUGCUUUUGUCCACUACUAUUCACUGUCCACAACUAUUCAAAUACUAAGCUAGUAAAUAUCAUCCUAGCAUAUGUAAAAUAUUGUACAGAAUGGGCCAAUGGCAAAACUGCAUUAACUCUUAAUAUAAACACCUGGAUGAAUGUCGACGCUAAUGCUAACCCUGUAAUGUAAAGUCCUUAGCGGAUCCAUGACUCUAGCUUUAGCUUCAGUGUUUUAAGACAAUAUAGACUGUAGAUGGUGCUGGCUUCACUGAGCAGGACUCGUGUUUAAAAAUACUCCCUUAAAAUGGCAGGAUUUGUAAUGAAAGUUUCCCAUCUCGUAAUGUCAUUUGUUGUUUUACUUUCCAGGUCAUGUACUAUAUUUGAAUGUGUAUGUUUACAGAGACCUGUAUAGUAUGACUUGCCCGUAAAGAAGCAAUGGCUAAAGGUAAAGUUACAUAUUCUGGAAACAAAAUUCAGCCCUAGCAUAAACUAAUUGCGUGAUAUUUACAUAAUGAAUAUCCCCAUACAUAUAUAUUUUUAUUAUGCCAUUGUCAAAUGAUAAUACAGCAAUCCUUAAAGGUCCUAUAUUGUGCAAAAUGGCAUGGCAGCUCUUAGCCAUGUUGUAAUGCUGUUACCUCCUCAAAAACAUACCUGGACUUGUUAAACAUGUGUGAAUGAAAUGAAACACAGCCGUUUUUGUUGAGGAAAUGACAUUAUAACCACAAAAUGGCAUAAUAUGGGCCCUUUAACAAAUGCGUUAAAACUAAUAUUGAAGUAUUGGAUGGAUUUAAAGGCGCUGUACCUGAUUUUUGACUCUAAUACACUAGUUGUUUGUACCACUGCAAUCCAUUUAAAUUGAACUAAAAAACAAAACAAAAAAAGAAACAAAGUUAUUUCUCACUUGCCUUAAGCAAGUAACAUCCCAUUUUGCACAUCCUAAUUAUUUACUGCAGUAAGUUUUUUGUGCUUUUCACCACUUUCAUUGACCAGAGUGGAGUUUUGCCAUGACGGUAAAGCUAACAGCAACUAGUAUGCUAACACUCGCUUUCUGAUUAUUGGACAAUUAAAUGCUUUAUAAUUAGAUGCAGACAGCACGCAGCAGACUUAUUUUGACCACAAGAGCUGCUUAUAAAAUAUAUGUGUAGGCAAGACAAAUUUAGCUCAGAUACAUGGGGAAAAUUGGGUACAGGGCCUUUAAAUAAUUAAACAUGUCCAGGAGAAUUAAUAUUUGAGAGAAGGCUGAAAUAUGAAGUGCUAAGCUAAUACUAGAAUUACACAAAUUUAAAAACAUGUUUGUAGUGCUCGUUGCAACCACUCAAAGUGUGCUUUGACACUGAUUCAUUGUAAAUCCCCAAAUUAUCUGUAACAUGCAGUUCUAACUUCUACCAUGUGACACCGUUAAUUUCAUUGUAAAGAUUUAAACAGUAGUACAGUACUGAUACAUAAUUAUGUGUAGCUCAACCAAGCUAAACAUAUAAACAGACUCAUACAGAGCAAUUACCCUUAAUAUGAGAAUGUAUUGAAUGAUGGAUGGAAUGUCUUUCACACUUGUCUUUGUCCCACUAAAUUAAUUUGUGUCCAAAUAUAUAUAUAUAAAAAAGUAUGCUGCCACAAGUUAUUCAUCCAGCCCAUACAAUGUCAGCAACUUUGCUAAAAAAAAUAAAAAUAAAAAAUAUUUGAAAAUUGCCAAAAGUGGCUUUAAUUGUGAUAAGAAUUUAACUAAUUGUGGAUACCUCGUAAUAAUUUGUAACCUUUAGUAAUACAAAUGUACCUAUUGCUAUAUGUAAGUACUUAAAAGUCAAUCACACUUGUUACUAAAAAUAUUGUUUAAAGAGGGGGAUUUAUGCAAAAUCGACUUUUUGGAGCUUUCCACCAUGUUAUAACGUUGUUCCCUUUUCAAAAACAUACCUGAACAGGUUUUAAAUAUCCAUGCAUGUUUGAGUAAUCUAGCGAUCUCUUCCGGGCUACAGUGUGAUUCUGUCCAAUGCUCAGUCCACGAGCUCACUUCAUCCAUGCUCUCACACAGCAUUUUUUUCAUAAUUGUACAAAAGCAGGAUACAAUACAAUACGCUACAACUUCACAAACCUAAUUCGAUGUGUAGUAGUUUCAUUAGCAGGACACAGUGAUCUAAAUAUGUAAUGUAUUAGCAAUUAAUUCCCCAUAGAAGUGUAACACCCCCUCUUUAACAAAAGUUGCUUGUGCCAUGUGAACAAUUUCUCAAUACAUGCCGUUAAAACUGAUAAUUAUGAGUUAUUUUUGGCAGCCAGAACCUUCAUGUGUUGAUUUGAGUGUCACUCUAUGCAACUGUCUUGAUGCUGUAGCCUUACGACCUGGUCAAAACUCACUACAAACGUCGUUGAAAUCUUCUGUUACGCGUAGUGCCUGUUUUGUUUAUUGCCAUUCCUUUUUAAAUUCUAUUAUUUAUAAGGUUUUAUGAAUGAAAUGCUUGUCCUUUUUUCUUUGGUAACGUCUUAAAAUGUUAAAAUGUUAAACGCUACUUCCGAAAUGAACAAAUGUGCUUUAUAGUUCAUAAGUAGAAGGAUUUCAUUUUGAAAAGUUGAAAAGUUGAAAGUUUGCAAUGCAGUCACUAUAAUAACGACAAAACCGUAACCAUAACAAAGUCUACUGCAAAAUACUCAAUAGUUUUCAAUCCAAUCCCCAAAAAUUCUUAAAUUGGCUUUUUUAACUACACAAAUUUACUUUAAAGUGGAUUGGUAGCUCAUAAAAUGUACUAAAAUGAAAUUAAAGGUACCCCAUGUAGCUUUUCUGGUGGGAAUCUGCUACUUGCUUGUUUCCAUGACGAUGUUCCUGCUUUGCCUGGACUGUUCCACACUGUUACUUAUUAUGGGAUCACCUCCACAGAUCUGACAUGUGACUUUACCUCCAUGGAGAAAAGCAGAUGACACCAACAGGUCGAUGCGUUUAAUGCCAUACUGUGUGACAUUCUAGGCAAAGCAGCACAUGGAGAUGAGGAGGUUGGGACUGUUGCCACACUAAUGACCAUUAUUAUAAUAAAUAAUUAUAAUUUAAAAAAGUGUGUUAUUGGCAGAAAGGGCAAAACAUAAUGAGAUUUGAAUGUUUCUAACUUCUUAAAACAAAACGCCCUCGUCUGUCCUCGCUGUAUGUGAACUGUAUCAUGUCGAUGUUAAGUGUACCCGAGUUGCACAGAGGUAAUUACAAGUGAAAUAACAUAUUAUUUUGUGCAAUUGAUUUAUUUUUAUAGUAUUUAAAACAUUUUGGUGGGAACAUUGUACCAGAUGUUUUAUUUUGAGGUGGGGGACUGUACUGUGGACGGCUUAGGAGAUUAAUGAAUGGGGAAAUGUCUACUAAUAAA